UACCCAAUCUUAUAUAACCCCGUCGCAGCAGCAGCUCUCCAUGAAAAAGCCAAUUCAUUAUCUAGUCUCAAACUCUUCAUUCCUCACUCUCUAAUCCUCCACGUCCACCUCUAGGGCUUUCCUUUUCUAUAAAAAGUUUCAAUUUUGAUCCCAAUCAACGGUUUCCUAUAGAUUUGCUAAGUUCAGGCGGCAGAGAGGAGCGGCGGUUCGCUCCAACUUAGCUUUUUAAAGGCUCUGUAUCUUUGUUUCGGUUAUUUGGGUUUGGUAUCGAUUGAGGUAGUGUUCUUCGUAGUUUUGUAAGGGGAAGGAGAGAAAGAUUCAGUGGCCGGUGGGAAGAAGAUGUCGAUGAUGAUUGCGCGGCAGGGGAGGGAGCUUCAGCGCUAUACAAGCUGUGGAAAAAGGCUCGUUGUUGGAUGCAUUCCAUACAAAUUGAAAAAGGAUGGUCCUUUCAUGGUUGGCAUGGAUAAAAUGGUGCAAGUUCUUGUCAUAAGCUCACAAAAGGGCCAUGGCAUGAUGUUCCCAAAGGGAGGAUGGGAAUCAGAUGAAACUAUGAACCAGGCCGCUUCGAGGGAGGCUAUGGAGGAGGCUGGCGUUCAAGGACACCUUGAGGGAAAUCUGGGGAGAUGGUUAUAUAAAAGUAAUAGGAACAAUGUAUUCUAUGAGGGUACUAUGUUUCCGUUAAAUGUAACUGAGGAAUUGGCUUAUUGGCCUGAGAUGGAACUUCGGAAGAGGAGAUGGGUGACCGUGGCUGAAGCCAGGGAGGGCUGCCAACAUAUUUGGAUGAGAGAAGCAUUGGAAAGAUUGCUCAUCAGACUUGAGAGAUAGCUUAUAUUUCUUCUAUGGGUGGAGUGGCUUCUGUUUCUGAAACAAAAAACAUUAGCAAUCAGAUAAAAAUUUAAUGGCUGUUUGGCUUGUUGGCAGCACUGAGCGCAGUGCCUUAGAUUGGGACAGAACUUCGUUGAAAAAGUAUUUGUUUGUUCUCGCACGGUUUCAGCAGUUCAUGUGAUGAAUGUUGCGAGAAUGCUGAUUAUGUUAAAUAGGAGUAGGGAAUUAGAGCUGGCAUUUAAUGUAAAAAGAGACGUUGCAUAUUGAUUAUAUAUGUGUUUUUUAAGAAAAUUAAUAGUGCCUUUGGGCAGCUUAUGAGCUGCGUUGAAAACGCUGACUCACCGUUUGGAUCCAGCAUUCAGGCAGCAUCCAGGAAAACGACAUUUGGAUUUUAUGUUAAACGUGCGCCGUGGGAUGAACCCCACUGUCGGCAUUUCUGGAAAUAUUUUGAUGAGAUUGCCCUCUUCCCGUAUAGUAUGCCCUAACCUCUUCGCUCAACGCUCGUCUCUCUCAACCCUCAGUUGAGGUUCUUGAUCUCAAUCUCCGAAGAUUUACAGACCGACCACCAAAUACCGAUGCAUUUACAUUUCUAACACCUAU